GAUUAUUACGAAAGCAGCACUCAUUUCCGAGACGAGGUAGCCUGAUGACGAGUCAAGUUGCUUAGCAACGCCUGCUCUAGCCCUUGGGACAAUUAGCUACCAAAUAAAAUACAAGCAAGUUCAAGUUUUGUUUAUUCAUUGGAUGUCUUACAUGUGACAACAGGAUCAAAAGCUCAAUACUAGUGGGACUCGCGAAAACAUCAGCUUUUUGCCAGUCUUAACUGAAUAUAUAGUGCAUUCGCAGGCCUAACUCACCUUCGUAGACAAGACCAGCUUUUGUAGAUUGACUACAAAAGAAUGAACAUGAAAAAAGAUUUAGAAAGGUGAACGGAAGACAAGGGUGCAUUACUCUCUUGGCAAUGUGGUGAGAAACACGAGCGCAAAUGAACACCUGUAAGGAUUGAUCAGGGAAAUUCAACCUCUGUGAAAUUUUACUGAAAAAAAUGGGUUGCAGUCCAUCACACGCUCUGAUCAUCAACUCAUCCCGAACACACCACGAACCAGUCUGCCCGCUACAGCCUCGAAUUUACAUGGUUUCCGAGUCUACCUUGAGAAUACUUCAAGACGUUGGGGAGCUACGACUUUAUCAACAAGAGGACAAAGACCCUGGAGUCGCUAGAGUUCGUUUCGGUACAACUACUCUGGACCAACUUGAGAAUCCUGUCGGAUACCAGUCAAAAAUUCGUAAGCAGGUUUCUGUUGACUCUGAACAAGAGGUUAAAGUCUUGCAGAAUGACAGCGAAAUAGCGCCAGUUAAUCUAGAAACGGUGCAAGGAAAUAAUCAGGGCGCUAUGGAAGAAGACAGCGUAGAUUUUAACGAACAAGACGUGAAUGAAACUACUGGUUUACUAACAGGAGAUGACACGAGUCAAUGUUCGAUUUCAUCAUCAUCUACCCUAAUAGCCGCGCAAAUCCAUAAUCCAUUAUYGCUAAAAAGCAUAGCUAAAGUGUCAGUUCCUAGCGAUGAGAAAUCUCGAACUGAAACCCCUGAUUCGGGAAAAAAUUAAUCAACGAAUAACGCAGUCGUCCUUCGUACUUUAUUCCGCUACAGUAGAACUACGAGGACUCAGCGGAGCAGCUAGAACGAUUUCCUGUGAAACGAAAUUUUGUGAAUCCAAAUAUUGCAUAUCUCAAUAUGAAGAAACUAACGUCCAUGAACAAUUAUCCUAAAUCAGUAAAACAUACGUUAUAUUUAUAAAACGAACUGAUGAAAAACACCAUUUUCGAUAUUCAAGACGGAAAAUCUCCUACCAAAUGGCCGUGUACCUUCAUAUAUAUCAGACAGUUCAAUGAACUGAACGUAUUUAAACCAAAACAGGAUUACGUGGUUAAAAACUAACAUCAUCAAAAUUUAUUGCGAUGGGAUCUCAAUUUUAAAUACAAAUUACAGAGGAUGACUUGACAUCUGUUUGUGUAAACUAAGACGAAGAAUAAGCUAGAUUGUAGGCUGGUACAAGCUUGACACAUAACGAAUGCCGAACAGAAUAUAUAUACACAGCUGUAAAACAAGAAUCCAUCAACUGCGAUGGUUAAAGCAGAAAACAAUAAGACCCUAGAAAACAGUGGUGAGAUUCUGCCGCGAUAAUCAUGUAAAUAUCUGCUUAAAUAACAUAAUCAUUCUCGUUCGUGGACAAUGAGUUAGAGUUGAAAGCGGUUAUUUUAAGACUUGUGCGCGCAAAACGCACAAAUUCCGUAUAAUUUGGUAAAAAAUUACCAAAAAAUUGUCCCCUGCGAAACUCAUAUUCGUUGCAUAUUUUACUCAGUAGUCAGAAAGAAAAUUACUCAUUUUGCGCUUUCAAAUGUGCAGUAUACUGAGUUCAAUUUUUUAACAAUCAUAUCAAAGAUAUAUCCCUGAUCGUGAAUCAUGUUUGUGUAAAGGUGUAAAUAACGUAACGUUAUAAUUCUUUCUAGAUAAAACGAGAAAUGAACCGAAGGAUAUCUUUUUAAAUGCAUACGCUGUUUCAUUGCCUUGAGUUAAGUCAAAUUAUUUUUUUUGUAAUUUAAAAUUAUAAUUGCUGAAAAAAUAAAUCCCAAAAUAGAAAUCUUCUUUUCGUAUCUCAGCAGCUUUUGGGCUGGAUUACAGUGAAUUAAAUUCAUGGGAAAAAAACAUGAAAAAAUCCCUUAUCGCGCUUAACGAAAGAAAGAAAAAAUUGAAGAUCAAAUAUUGGAUGGAAUAUUGGUAAUGAUCCGACCGAGCUAAUGGCUUUUAUUGUAUUGAUGUUGUAAAAAAAUUUCCGAUUGUCUUUAUCUUGUGCUUCAAAUGCGCAACGGAACAAAUUAAAAUUUUGUCGCUCUUCAA